UUUCAUCCAAGCAUCAAAAUUGACUAAUGAAAAUUUAAAUUUGAAUUUACCGGUGCCACUUAUUAAUAAACAAACAUCUGAUAGUAUUAGUAUUAAUAAUAAACAAUCAUCAAAUAGUGAUAUUGACAUAUCUGAAUCUUUUUCACCAAUUUCAAUACCAGAAUCUGAAUAUGAUAAUGGAAUAAGAAGGCAUUGUCGUUACAAGUGUGAAUAUCAGGGCAAUAAUCAAAGAAAGAAGAUGAUGAUUGUUGAAAAACAGUGCAAUACACGUUCCAAACGUAGUGGAUAUCCAUGGGUUAUAAAUGCUACAUGCCCAAAGAAAACUGGUAUUAUUAGUAUUACCUUCCUGUAUUUAGAACAUAGAGACCAUCUUUUAGAUCCUCUUACCAAAAAAUUUGAUCUUACUCAUCGAACAUUAACAGAGCCAAUGUUGGCUGAUAUAGAAUUCUGGACAACAAACGGGAAUCUUAACCUAUCAAAUGCUAUUAAAAGAGUUAAAGCUGAACAAAAUGUUGAUUGUGAAACUGCAACACUGAUUAAUUACCUUAUUGAGCGUAAAGCUGAGGAUAUUCGAUGGACUAUAAAUUGGCAUAUAGAUCCAGCAACAAACUCUUUAGUAUCACUAUUUUGGAUAAUGCCAGAACAAUAUGAACUUUACUUACAAUAUA